AUGAAUAAUUUUUCUAUUCGAUUGAUCGAUUUGCCAGACGAAUUAAUUUUGAUUAUAUUUAAGAAACUGAACAAUGUUGAAUUACUUUACUCAUUAAUGAAUAUCGACAGACAACUCGAUAGAAUUUUGUAUGAUUCAAUAUUUACCGAUUGUUUAACAUUAACAAGAAGUUCAUUUAAUGGCCAUAUCAAUUCAUUAGACAAUCAAAUAUUGGAUCGACUGUGUCGAGACAUAUUACCUAAAAUUCAUCAUAAAAUCCAAUGUCUAACUGUUGAAUCAUUAUCUAUGGAACGUAUUCUUCUUAUUGGUGAUUAUCCCACCUUACAUAAACUUUGUCUAGCCAGUAUGGAAGAGGAGAAACUCCGACAUCUAUUUAAUGAGGAAAAUUCAUUACUCAAAAAAUUUCAACAUCUUUCAACAUUUCAUUUUUCUGUUUUUAAUAAAUCAGUACGUGUUAGCUAUGAUUUGACACGUUUUGUCUUUAAAAAUAUGUUUAAAACAUUUCCUCGAUUAAUUAAUUUGCAAUUUCAUCAAUUAUUCAAUAAUGAUUGUUUCGAACUAUCAUUUGGUAAAGAAAUUUCAAUAUUUUCUUCUUGUUUUCUACUGGAAUUGCAUAUAACUGUGUGCACAUCGACCGAUUUUCUAUGUUUACUUGAUGGACGUUUCAAUGCACUUCGUCAUUUUUAUGUAUAUGUUCGACAUUUUUUUCUUCCGUCUCCUGACGUUGACAUGAAAAAAAAGCUUAAUAAAAUGAAACGUUUUUCAUUGACCAGUAAUAAUAGCACAUUCUUUUAUAAUCAAACAAUUUUACCACUUCUGCAUCGAAUGUCAAAUUUGAAAAUGCUUACUUUAAAUAUAAUAAUUGAGGAGAAAAAAUUUGUUGAUGGAAAUUGUUUGAAUAAUGAUAUUAUUAAUCAUUUGCCAAAAUUAAAUCAUUUCAUAUUCAAUAUUCAAUCAAGAAUAUAUGAUUAUAAUCAAACUGAUAUUCGAUCAAAUGAAGAUAUUCAAAAUACAUUUAAAAGUUUUCAAAAUCAUAAAAUAAAUUCUUAUGUUGAUUAUUUUCCAGAAGAAAACUUCGGUCAAUGUCAUUAUUAUUCGUAUCCAUAUACGAUGAAAAAUUAUGGCAAUAUAAGCAAUCAUUUUUCAGACGGUUUAUUCACAUGUGUCACUAAAAUAUCAUUAUUUGACGAGCGUCCUUUUCAACAUGAAUUUUUUCUUAAAAUUUCUCAAUCAUUUCCAUUCCUUGAAGAACUAACUAUUAACAAUCUUCAAUCACAAAAUAAAAAAUCUGAUGAUGACAAUAACGAACAUCUACCAAUAAUUAAAUAUCCUCAUCUGACAAAAUUAUAUCUUAUUAAUGCUCAUGAUGAUUAUAUUGAACAAUUCCUUUUACAUUCAAAAUCGGUUUUAACAAAUUAUAUUUCUUUAUCGGUUAGAUAUUAUACUCUUUAUACAGUAACUAAUGAUUUCACAAGAGAAGAAACUAAAAUUAAUUCAGCGAAAAUUAAACAUUUUUUUCUAGCUGGUCGAACCAUUUUUUCAAAAGACUUUCGUGAAUAUUUUCCUAAUUUAAAAUGUAAUUAUUAUUAA